AUGCCAAAAGCUAUUGUGAUCACUGAGCAGCCGGCCUCCGCCUCCGUCCCUGUCGGUUACUCGCUCACGAUGCGAUGUAGGGCCACAGCCUGCACGUCCCCACAGUACCAGUGGUUCUACCAGUGCCAGUCUGCUUGCUGCCAGAUUGUGGGGGCCACGGAGCCAGAUUUGCUCAUCACUGCAAGGGAAACCCGACUGUACAUCUGCCGAAUCAAUGACCUACACAAAAAUGUCACCUUCUCUAACUGGGUGAGAGUAGAGGUCCAUCAGCACAUUGCCAAAGGCCUGCUCCCUGAGCUGUGGCAAGGAGAACCCGUCAUAGUCCUCAAUCCCACUGCGCCAGAAGUAAAGGUGGGCAAGCCACUCCAGCUGCAGUGUGCUGCUCUGGGGGUGCCAGCCCCACACUACCAGUGGUACCACAACGGGACCCCCAUGAAGCAUCAGAAGAAGAAGAAACUCUUGAUCAACUCUGCGAAGCUGAGUGACUCUGGCACGUACCUUUGCUGUGCAGCCAAUGGCCAAGGGGAACACUGGACUGAUGCCCUGGAGAUUCACGUAGGUACAUGUCUGCCAGAUCCAUUUUUUGCAACAGACAAGGUUGCACUUUUGGUGGGCAACAACCAUUACUGGAAUCAUCCGCACCUGAUGGCUCCCAUCACUGAUGUGUUUGAACUCAGCCUUCUCCUAAAGCGACUGGGAUUCCGGGUGGUCUCCCUCCUGGACCUGAACAAGGCGGAGAUGCUGAUAGCUGUCAAUCAGUUCCUGCAGCUCCUGGGGAAAGGAGUCUAUGCUGUAUUCUACUAUGCUGGGCACGGAUACGAACAUUCUGGGAGAAACUACAUGGUCCCCAUUGACGCCCCACAGCCCUACGCCCCUGAGAACUGCAUCAGCGUGCAGAGGAUCCUCCAGAAGAUGCAGCAGAGGCGGACGGCCCUCAACCUCAUCCUACUGGACACCUGCAGGAAAUGGUACAACCCGCAGUGUGCGCUGUCGCAGGUGCAGCCGCUGGAGCCCUGGGGGAAUACGGUUUAUGGCUAUGCCACGAGUGAAGAUGCCGAAGCCUAUGAAGUGCAGGAUGGGGAGUUCAGCUCCGGGAUCUUCGUGAAGUAUCUGAAAAAGCACAUUCUGCAGGAAAAGAAAGUGACCCACGUGCUGGAGGAUGUGUUGGAAGACAUUGGCCGGGACCCCUUGGUAACUGGGAAGCAGGUGAUGGAGAUCAAGCACACUCUGAAGGAAGCCCGGGCGCUGACAGACCCCGUCUGCACUACUGGGCCGACUGCGGAGCUCUGGGGACACAGCCAUGAGUUGCUGAAGGAGACACUGACUUUUCCAUGUGGCAUCCAAGUGGAGCUACGCUUCCAGGUGGUCUUUUCUAACGUAAUGCACGUGAGUGCAAAGCUGCAGGCUCCCCCUCCGCACGUCACCGACAUCCGACUCCUGCUCUGCAGACCUGCGGAGGUGCGAGAACUGGCCAUGCUGCCUGACUGCCAGUCUGACCGGGUGGUGUCACUACUUGUCUCACUGUAUGAGCAAGAGGAAUUGGACUGUGUGCUCCGGCUCUGUGGCCUGCAGAAAAUUCAGACCGAUAUGCUGCUGCAGUUGGAUUUGCAUUACACCCAGCUGGGCACCAAGCAGAGGGCUUGCGAGAGUCUGCAGAAAAUCCUCCAGAAAUCUCUGCUAGCAAAACUAUUCAGCCAGAAAAGCUCUGCAAAUCCAUCCUGCAUGGCGGGCCAAAAGGCUGCUGCCACCAUGUGCCCCAAGGAUGCCCCUGCUGUGAAUGCAGCCCAUGAGGGGCCCAGCUCUCUGAGAGCAGAGCCCAGACACAGCUGGCAAUGUAGCAGCCAGUCAAACAUAUGCAGCGAGCCGGAGGAAAACGAUGAGAGUGACUUGAGCAGCCUCUGCUCAGCCCUGCAAAGGGCUGGCCCAGGGCAGGAUUGUCCUUGA